AUUAUUAUUAUUAUUAUUAUGCUUGUCCAACCCCCACCCCACGAAGGAACCCAAUGAAAACCGGAAACGAAACCUUAUCCAUUUGAAAACAGUCGAUAUCUGUAAUGCCUGCGAAUCUGUCUGUCUGUAUAUGAUGAGCCCAGCAGCUUCCGGUAACAUAAAAAAGAUCUCCUCUUUUCAUUAAUUUAUCAUCCUUUCCACACCAAAAAUGCUUCUGCAGACCAUCACACCCGCUCUCCCGUCGCCGUUGAAUUUCCAUCGCGAAAAGCCCUCGCUAAAAACUGUCUUCUUGCCUCCUCUCCCUACAAAAUUCUAUCUGCGCCGUAAAUCAUCCUCCAUCUCUGCUCAUCCCCAUAAUACAAAUGUGAAUGCGAGUCUGCUCCAGACUCCGGUGGCUUUGUGGGCCGGCCGCCUCUGCGUCUUUUAUGCUCUUCUCAAAGCUGGCCUGGCUGGAUCUCCUUCUAAUCCGCUUGUUUCAGAUUUGGAAAGUGGAGCUGAUGAUUUAGGGUUCGCUAAGUGGUUUGAUAAGUUGAGCAAACCAGAAAAAGAGGCAGUUGAGAGAAGAAAAUUGGUCAGCAAAUGGCACCCCACAACAAAGGGUACCCUUAGGCGCAAUUACAGGGUUCCCUCUAAAUCCGAUGGGAAGCGUCUGCUUAAAGCCAUUGCAUCUCUAUUGUCAGAUGAUGAUCAGUUUAGAGAUGCCACAUCACACAAGGGCUGUCAGAUUCGGAGAGAAAAUGCUCAUGGGGAAAGUGUUUGCUGUAACAACGUGCGUGCUUUGUUCGAUGAGCUCCCGACACCACAUUUGAUUGUGGAAAUUACUCCUUUUCCAGCUGGCCCUCUUACGGAAAACGAUUAUUCCAAGGCUGAGAGACUAGAAAGGGUGCUUAGAUUAGGCCCUUCUGUUUGAACAUGUGCAUCUGCAAGAUUUCUUGUAUAAUCAAGUCCCUUUUGUUUGUACAUAUUAUACAAUUAGCCAUAACUUCCUUGGUUGAUCUUGUUUCAAAUGUAUGAGCAGUUUCUAAAAUAUUUGUAUCUUUACUGCUUGUCUCACCACAAUUUAUUCAGAAACAUUUUUUUUUUUUUU